AUGACGAAGCAUCCAUCGUCGUUCAACUCGAAUCACCUCUCAAGAUUACUUAACGCGCCCCCUGCCAAGCCGCGAAACAGAGAAGGCCACGGACCCGUACGUGGGCUUUGUCCAUUGGCACCGAAUAACGUGAACACAAUGGCUGGAGGAGCUAUCGCAGCACACAAUCUAGGCUUUGAUGGAGUCACCGCCAGGCUCGUUAGCGAUCCAAAGUACGAUUUUUCAGGAAAUAUUUGGAAUUUGCGGGAAGCUGUGGAUUCGUACAGUGUGGAGGACCAUUGGGGACGUCAUUCUUUUUGUAUAGGCGUCAGAAGCGGUGCUGACUCCCCAACGCAUCGUGGUCUCCAGGGGCAUGGUCAAACCCUUUUUUCGAAGGAACCCUAA